AUGGCGGGGCUGGCAGCUUUGGUGCUGCACAGGUCGGCGUCGGUGUCGGCGCAGGCACGCUGCUCUGCUGCCGGGCUGGGGCCGGCAGCAAACGGCCCCGCUGGAUCGGCCGCCGGCGCAGCAGCGGUGUCACUGCAGCUCCUGGGAGCCGGCGGCCACCUCCAGCCCCAACCGCGGCCGCCCACGGGCAAGGGCGAGGUGCCCAGGCCGCUCCUUGUCUUCGUCGGUAGCCGAGGCUCCUCAGCACGUCCCGAGAGCGGCACCGCUGCAACAGCCAUCGACAGCGCCUGUGCAGCCGUCGGGAACCCACGCUGGUUUCUGGGACACAACCUCCUCUCCGUGUGCCACAGGCAUGGGGCACGGACAGUCUCGUCAGCUGCGAAAGCAGGGAAGAUGGAGAGCAUGCCGGCAGUGAACGGCCAUGCUGCGCCCCUCUCUCCCCAGGAGGACGUGCCAGGAGCAAACCACUCGUGCCAGGACAUACUGCCUCGCAAGCAGAAAAUAGCGGCUGAUGGGGAUGUGACGGUGAUGGAUGCUGCCAGCGAGCCCUCGGAGGCAGCUGGCAGCAUUGCUGGAGUGUUUGUAGAGACUUCCAAGAAGGUAAUGAGCUUUUAUGAUGCCACCAGAGAGCAUCUCCUAAGCUUGGAUUUAGCACUCUCUCUUCUUGAGGCCCAGGCAGCCACGGGCUUCAUCACCGACCCGGUGAAGAACAGGCAUGUCUCCGUAGCAGAAGCUGUGCAGCUGGGGCUGGUGGGGCUGGAGCUGAAGGAGAGGCUGCUCUCCGCAGAGAAAGCUGCUACUGGCUUUGUGGACCCCUACACAGAAGAGAAAAUCUCCCUCUACCAGGCGAUCCAGAAGGAGCUGGUUGGGAGGGAGCAAGGUACCCGGCUGCUGGAGGCCCAGAUGGCAACCGGAGGCAUCAUUGACCCAGCCACCGGCUGCCGGCUGCCAGCAGAUGUUGCCUGUGAGAGGGGGCAUUUAGAUGAAGAGAUGACCCAGCUCCUCUCCGACCCCAGCAAUGAGGACAGCAAAGGCUUCCUCAACCCCAGUACUAUGGAGAGGGUCACUUACACGGAGCUUAUGAAGAGAUGUGUUGUUGAUCCGGCCUCAGGCUUCCUCCUCUUGCCCCUGCAAAUCACAUUCCCGGGGCUGGCAGGGAGGGUGAGCAGCAGGGACCUGCUGGACUCCGGCAUCAUCAGCCCUGACACGUUCAGAGGUCUGGAGGAGGGAAGAGUUUCUGCCCAGGAGGUAGCAGAGGAUGACUCCGUUCGGCAGUUCCUGCAAGGGACAAGGAGCGUGGCUGGUGUUGUCCUGCCUUCUGGUGAGCGGAAAAGCCUUUACCAGGCACUGAGAGAGCAUCUCCUCAUGCCUGGUGCUGCUCUGAUGCUCCUGCAAGUCCAGGCCUCCACCGGCAGCCUGACAGACCCCGUAAAGAACAAAAGCUACUCAGCUGAUGAGGCUGUCAGGGUCGGUCUCGUUGGCCCAGAGCUUCAUGACAAACUGUCUUCAGCUGAGAAGGCCAUCACUGGAUACAAGGACCCCUACACUGGAGAAAUGCUCUCUCUGUUCCAAGCCACCAGGAAGGGCUUUAUCCCCAAGGAUCACGGCAUUUGCCUUCUGGAGGCUCAGAUGGCCACAGGGGGUAUAAUUGCUCCAGGCAGGCACCUCCGUGUCCCCACAGAGAUGGCUUGCAGGUGGGGGUACCUGGACGAGGCCACACUACAGCUCCUCUCCAGUCCUACUGAUGACACAAAAGGGUUCUUCGACCCCCGCUCCAAGGAGAAGCUGACCUACGCAGACCUGCUCAAGCGCUGCGUCACUGAUCCCAACACGGGUCUCCUUCUGCUGCCACUUGGUGGAGAAAGCAGAGAAGGAGCCGAGGGAACCCACCUCUUCUUUGACCACAGGACCCAAACAGCUUUGGAAAACACAGAAUUACCCAUUGCUUUAGGUAAAUUCAAGGGAAAGUCAGUGUCUCUCUGGAAACUCCUCUUCUCAGACUACAUCCAGAGUGAGCAAAGAGCUGCUCUCACCCAGCAGUACCUUGCAGGAACACUCUCUAUGCAAGAACUGGGUAAGGCAGUCAGUGCCACCAUUGAGGAAAUGGCUUCCACCGCUAAUGUCACCUUUGAAGGACUGAGGGACCGGGUGACAGCUGACCAGCUCCUGAGCUCUGAAAUCAUCAACAAAGAUUUGUUUAAGAAACUGAAGGAGGGAGAAACAUCAGCCAAAGAAGUCGUCAGCAUGGACACUGUCAAGAAGUACCUGCAAGGGACGGGUAGCAUUGGUGGGCUCCUGCUUCCUGAUUCCCAGGAGAAGAUCAGCAUCUACCAGGCAAAGCGGAAAGGACUUUUAAGGCCAGGAACGUCACUGAUCCUCCUGGAGGCACAGGCUGCUACUGGAUUUAUCAUUGACCCAGCUGCCAACAAAAGGUAUUCUGUGGAUGAGGCGUUAAGAGCGAACGUCAUUGGCCCAGAUGUUUAUGACAAGCUAUUGACUGCAGAGAAAUCAGUCACCGGCUACAGAGACCCCUACUCAGGGGACAAGAUCUCCCUCUUCCAAGCCAUGAAGAAGGAGCUCAUCGUCAAGGAGCAUGCUAUCCGCCUGCUCGAGGCCCAGAUCGCCACCGGUGGCAUCAUCGACCCCGUGCACAGCCACCGCAUCCCCGUGGAGGUGGCCUACCGCCGUGGCUACUUCGACAAGAAGAUGAACUUAAUCCUUUUGGAUCCCAGUGACGACACCAAGGGCUUCUUCGACCCCAACACCCACGAGAACCUCACCUACCUGCAGCUGAAGGAGAAGUGCAUCACAGAGCCAUCCACUGGGCUCUGCCUCCUUCCUCUGAACAGUAGGAAGCGCCAGUUCGUCGAUGACACCACCAGACGGGUGUUCAGGAGCUCCUGGCUGCCGGUCAGGUUUGGGCGGUUGCGGGGGGAGAAGGUCUCUGUGUGGGACCUGCUGAACUCUGAGUACUUCAGCGAGGGAAGGCGCCGGGAGAUAUUCAACCACUACCAGCUGAGGAAGCUCACUCUGGAGCAAAUUCGCGUCAUGUUAGAGGAGGAAAUUAAAAAAUGGGCCCCCAUCAAGUUCACAGCCAUGAGAGGCAGCGUCAGCGCCUACCACCUGAUGGAAACAGGUGUCAUUGACAAGGCCCUGUUUGAGAAGGUGUUGGAAGGAUCCGUCACACCAGAGGAAGUCCUGCACAUGGACUCUGUCAGGAAGUACCUCUAUGGCUCUGGCAGCAUCGGGGGGAUCGUACUCCAGCCGUCGAACCAGAGGAUAAGCAUUUACGAGGCCAUGAAGAAAAACAUCAUGGUACCAGGAGUAGCCCUCCCACUGCUAGAGGCCCAGGCUGCCACAGGCUUCAUCAUUGACCCUGUGAACAACCAGAAACUCUGUGUGGAUGAUGCCAUCAAGGAGGGCGUCAUUGGGCCAGAAGUCCAUGAGAAGCUGCAGCACGCAGAAGGGGCUGUAACAGGCUAUAAAGAUCCUUUCACAGGGAAGAAGAUUCCCCUCUUCCAGGCGAUGAAGAAGGGCCUGAUUGCUGACAAACAGGCCAUGCAGUUGAUGGAGGUGCAGAUGGCUACAGGAGGCAUCAUUGACCCAACAUGUGGCCACUAUAUCCCCGUGGAAUCUGCCCAGAAGCGAGGGUGCCUGGAUGAGGACACAAGCAAGGCCCUUUCUAAGCCCAGUGACAGCAACAGAGCCUUCUGCGUCCCAGACAGCAAAGAGACGGUGACCUACGCCGAGCUAAUCAAACGCUGCCAGAAGGAUGAGAUCUCUGGCUUCCACUUGCUGCCUCUGCCACAGGCAGUGGCUCCUGCCUACACCGACGAGCAAAUCCAACAGAUUUUUAAGGAAAUGGUGGUGAAGGAAAAAGGGGUCUCCCUCUGGGAGCUAAUCCACUCCGGGUAUUUCACUGAGGAGCAGAGGAGCGACUUCGUGGAGAGGUUCCGGUCUGAGGAAAUGUCGCUGCAGCAGCUGGUUGCUCUUGUGCUCAGGCUGGUUGGGGAGAUGGAAAUGAAAGCCCGCACCCAGAUCACCUUGGAAGGCUUGCGGGGCAGCGUCCCCGCAGUCUGGCUGCUGGACGCUGGCAUCAUUACUGAGAAGACGUUUGAAGAACUGGCUCAAGGCAUAAAAACUCCCAAGGAAGUGGCUGCAAUGGAGAGUGUGAAGAGGUACUUGCAGGGCACAGGCAGCAUCGCCGGGGUGUUCAUAGAGGCAUCCAAAAAGAAGAUGAGCUUUUACGAUGCCAUGAAGAACAAUCUCCUCCUCCCUGGGGCUGCUCUGAGGCUGCUAGAAGCUCAGGCAGCCACAGGAUACCUAACUGACCCCACAACAAACCAGAGACUCAGCGUGAUGGAUGCUGUGAAAGCAGCUGUUGUCGGUGAAGAGCUCACCGAGAAGCUGCUUCUAGCUGAGAGGGCAGUGACCGGCUACACGGACCCCUACACGGGGAGCUCCAUCUCACUGUGCCAAGCGCUCAGGAAAGAGCUGGUUCCCCUGGGGGAUGCUGUUCCCUUGCUAGAGGCCCAGCUGGCCACAGGAGGGGUCAUUGAUCCCAUUCACCACCACCACCUUCCGCUCCAGGCUGCAUGUAGAUAUGGCUUCUACGACGAGGACCUGAACCAAACCCUCUCUCAGCUGAAUGACAGCACCAGAAUCUUUUUUGAUCCAAACACAAAAGAGAACGUGACCUACCAGCAGCUGAAGGACAGGUGCCUUCAGGAGGCUGAGUCAGGUCUCUGGCUCCUUCCUCUGUCGGAAAACGCCAUGUUCUGUGUAGAUGAACAAACCAUGGAGGUGCUGAAAUCUGUGACUGUUUGUGUCAACAUAGGGCGGUUCAAAGGACAGACGGUGUCAGUCUGGGACCUUCUCAACUCUGAAUACCUCUCAGACAGCAAGAGAAGAGAGCUAGUGCAAAAAUAUAAAGAUGAGAAUGCUGAAGUGCUACACGAAAUCAUAACAACUGUCACCACAAUCAUCAAAGAGACAGAGACACAAGGCAAGAAGUUUGCAUUCAAGGGCCUGCGGAAAAGAGUAUCCGCUAGCGACCUCUUCCAGUCUCAACUGAUAGACAAAAAAACCCUGGAUGAGCUCAACCAAGGGAAGAAAACAGUCAAAGAAGUCACCGAAAUGGACUCUGUCCGCAGGUACCUGGAGGGCAGCAAUUUCAUAGCAGGGGUCCUUAUACAGCCAAGCAAAGAGAAGAUGAGCAUCUACCAGGCCAUGAGGAAGGGCAUCCUGAGGCCAGGUACAGCACUGGUGCUGCUGGAGGCACAGGCUGCCACGGGCUACAUCAUUGACCCAGAGAAAAACAAGAAGUUUUCAGUGGAGGAAGCAUUAACUGCAGGUCUAAUCGGAGGGGAGAUUUUUGAAAAGCUGCUCUGUGCAGAAAGAGCUGUGACGGGCUACACUGACCCCUACACAAAAGCCCCAAUGUCUCUGUUUGAAGCUAUGAACCAAGGACUGAUUGUGAAGAGCCACGGCAUCCGCCUGCUCGAGGCCCAGAUCGCCACCGGCGGCAUCAUCGACCCCGUGCACAGCCACCGUAUCCCUGUGGAGGUGGCCUACCGCCGUGGCUACUUCAAUCAGGAGAUGAACCAGAUCCUCUCCGACCCCACCGACGACACCAAGGGCUUCUUCGACCCCAACACCCACGAGAACCUCACCUACUUGCAGCUCCUGGAGAGAUGUGUCCAAGAUUCAGAGACUGGGUUGUACAUGCUACAGGUUGUACAGGAAGGAGGAAAGUACUUCUACAUCGAUGAGUCUACGAAACAGGUUUUGCGCUCAAAGCCCCUCAAAGUGAAAGUUGGAAAGUUUAAGGACCAAACAGUUUCCAUCUGGGAAAUUCUCUGCUCUCACUACAUCUCUGAGCAGAAAAGGAAAGAACUAGUGAUGCAGUACAAAUGCAAAACCCUCACACUGGAAGAUCUUGUAGCCCUCAUCCUCAAAAUAAUUGAGGAUACAGAGCAAAGAGCAGAAGCCCUCAAGGUUAAAGGACUCCGGGGGGAUGUGUCAAUAUCAGAAUUGUUUAACUCUGAGAUAAUUGACAAGAAAACUCUAGAUCAGCUGCAGGAUGGGAGUCUCACCCUUGCCAGCCUCACAAAAAAGGACACCAUCAAAAGGUACUUGGAUGGCACCGGAUGCAUUGCCGGAGUUCUACUACCAUCAAGGAAAGAGAAGAUGAGCAUCUACCAGGCACUGGAGAAGGGCCUCCUCACAGAACAAUGUGCACUGGGGCUUCUGGAAGCACAAGCCGCCACUGGUUUUCUCAUUGACCCACUGAAAAAUAAGAAGCUCUCUGUGGAUGAGGCCGUCUCGUCCGGGCUGGUGGGUAGCAACUUGCAUGACAAGCUCCUGUUGGCAGAGAAAGCUGUGACAGGAUACACAGAUCCUCACACAGGAAAUAAAAUAUCCCUCUUCCAGGCCAUGAGGCAGAAGAUAACAGUCAAGGAGCACGGCAUCCGCCUGCUUGAGGCCCAGCUGGCCACUGGCGGCAUCAUCGACCCCGUGCACAGCCACCGCCUCCCCCUGGAGGUGGCCUACCACCGUGGCUACUUGGAUGAUGAUACGUUUCUCCUACUUUCUGAUCCAGAUCAUGGUAGCAAAGGUUUUAUAGAUCCAAACACUCAUGAGAAAAUCAGCUACAGUCAGCUCCUACAGAGAUGUUCCAAAGACAGAGAUACUGGAUUGUACCUACUGCAGGUCAUGGAAAAACAAGAUGACUAUUUCUAUAUCGAUGAGCAAACAAAAAAUGCCCUAUUAUCUACAAAGGUACAAGUGACUGUUGGGAAAUACAAAGGACAUGUGUUAUCACUGUGGGAACUUCUCUGUUCUGAGUACAUCACAGAAGAGAAAAGAAAAGAACUAGUGAAAAAAUAUAAAGAGGAAUCCCAUCACAUUAUACAAGGAAUCAUUGAAACAAUACUAAAUAUCAUUAAAGAAAAGGAAGAGGACAGAAGUGAUGUCUGGUUCCAAGGACUGAGACAACAAAUAACAGCAUCAGAACUCCUCAGUGCACAGAUAAUAACAGAAGAAACAAUGGAAAAACUCCAUGAAGGGAAAGAGACAGCCCAAGAAAUAGCAAAAAUGGAAAGUGUGAGAAGAUACCUUGAGGGAACUGGAAGCAUCGCUGGUGUGCUGGUGCCCUCCAAGGCCGACCCCACCACGAUGGAGAAAAUGAGCAUCUACCAGGCCAUGUGGAAAGGAAUCCUGAGACCAGGGACAGCACUGGUGCUGCUGGAGGCGCAGGCUGCCACCGGCUUCAUCAUUGACCCAAUCAACAACAAGAAGCUCUCCGUGGACGAGGCCGUCUCCUCCGGGCUGGUGGGCAGCGAGCUACAAAAGAAACUUCUUUGUGCAGAGAGAUCCGUCACGGGCUAUGCCCAUCCAUGCACAGGACAAAAGAUGUCCCUCUUCCAGGCCAUGAAGAAGGAGCUCAUCGUCAAGGAGCACGGCAUCCGCCUGCUCGAGGCCCAGAUCGCCACCGGCGGCAUCAUCGACCCCGUGCACAGCCACCGCCUCCCCGUGGAGGUGGCCUACCGCCGCGGCUACUUCGACCAGGAGAUGAGCCAGGUCCUCUCCGACCCCACCGACGACACCAAGGGCUUCUUCGACCCCAACACCCACGAGAACCUCACCUACAUGCAGCUCCUGCGCCGCUGCGUGCCCGACCCGGACACGGGGCUGCUCAUGCUCCAGCUGAUGGACAAGGGCUCCGUGCUCUACCAGCUGACCGAGGACGCCCGCAAAGCCCUGCAGGCCGCCCGCACCACCCUCAGCGUGGGGCUCUUCCGGGGCCAGAGCGUCACCGUCUGGGAGCUCCUCUUCUCCCGCUACGUGCCCGACCACCGGCGCCAGGACCUCCUCCGCAGGUACAAGGCGGGGACGCUCACCGUCUCGGAGAUGAUCACCCUCCUCACCGCCAUCGUCACCGGGGCCGAGGGCCAGGGCCACGGCGCCGCCCUGGCCCGCAAGCCCACGCAGCGGGAGGCCCCGCCGCCGGCCCAGAACGGCGAGGCCGCGGCCUCCCGGCAGCAGAAGGUCUCCCUGUGGGAGCUCCUCUUCUCCAAGUACGUCUCCGAGGCAAAGAGGCAGGAGCUGCUGGGGCAGGUGCGCGCCGGCAGCCUGGCGCUGGACGAGCUGGCAAGGCUCCUCACCGUCCUCGUCGAGGAGGCGGUGGAGCGGAGCAGCAAGGUGAAAUUCACGGGCCUCAGGAGGCAGGUGACCGCCUCCGACCUGGUGGACUCGGGCAUCAUCGACAAGGACACGCUGGCCGACCUGGUCCAGGGCUCCAAGACCGUGCAGGAGGUGACGGAAAUGGCCUCCGUCAAGCGCUACCUGGACGGCACGGGCUGCAUCGCCGGCGUGCUGGUGCCCUCCAAGGCCGACCCCGCCAAGACGGAGAAGAUGAGCAUCUACCAGGCCAUGUGGAAGGGCAUCCUGCGGCAGGGCACGGCCCUGGUGCUGCUGGAGGCGCAGGCUGCCACCGGCUUCCUCGUUGACCCGCUCGCCAACAAGAAGCUCUCCGUGGACGAGGCCGUCUCCUCCGGGCUGGUGGGCAGCGAGCUGCACGAGAAGCUCCUCUCGGCCGAGAGGGCCGUCACGGGCUACACCGACCCCUACACCGGCGAGCAGAUCUCCCUCUUCCAGGCCAUGAAGAAGGAGCUCAUCGUCAAGGAGCACGGCAUCCGCCUGCUCGAGGCCCAGAUCGCCACCGGCGGCAUCAUCGACCCCGUGCACAGCCACCGCCUCCCCGUGGAGGUGGCCUACCGCCGCGGCUACUUCGACCAGGAGAUGAGCCAGGUCCUCUCCGACCCCACCGACGACACCAAGGGCUUCUUCGACCCCAACACCCACGAGAACCUCACCUACAUGCAGCUCCUGCGCCGCUGCGUGCCCGACCCGGACACGGGGCUGCUCAUGCUCCAGCUGAUGGACAAGGGCUCCGUGCUCUACCAGCUGACCGAGGACGCCCGCAAAGCCCUGCAGGCUGCCCGCACCACCCUCAGCGUGGGGCUCUUCCGGGGCCAGAGCGUCACCGUCUGGGAGCUCCUCUUCUCCCGCUACGUGCCCGACCACCGGCGCCAGGACCUCCUCCGCAGAUGA